AUGACGCUCCCUACUGCAGGUGACGCUGAUGGAUCUGCCCGGCCACACUCGUCAGGGAUCCGUGUGGUCGUCGUCGGUCUCGGAAUAGCUGGAUUGAGUGCUGCAAUUGAAUGUCACCGAAAGGGCCAUUCAGUCAUUGCGUUGGAGAAGUCGCCCAAAGUCAGCCCAGUCGGCGGAGAUUGCAUCUCGAUUGGGGCGAAUGGCGCUCGUGUCAUUCGGAGAUGGGCGAACGGGAGGGUUCACGAUGAUUUACAAGAAUUGCGGUCUGAGGGAAACGAGUUCCAGGUUUUCGAUGACACGGGCAAGUUUCUGAUGGUUUAUCCGCUCUCUGGAUAUGAAAGAGGCAGUGGAUAUACGCUCAACCGAGGUGCACUGGUCUGGAGGAUGUACCGCCACGCUUGUGAGCUUGGUAUAGACAUCCGACUGGGUUGUUUUGUGUCCGAGUAUUGGGAGACCGACCAAGGUGCUGGAGUGGUGACUGACGGUGGCCGAAUUGAAGGCGAUUGUGUCAUUCUGGCGGAUGGAGUUCAUAGCCGAGGAAUUGGAGCCCUCGGACUCACCCUUGAGUCUCGCGAGACAGGCCUCUCUGCAUUUCGCUGCUACCUAUCCGCCGAGACGGUGGCGGAUGAUCCAGAGGCCAGGUGGGUCUUGGAGGGCACAGAUUCCAAGGAUCAACUGCGAGAGUGGACCAAAGAUGAUGUCUACAUCGCUAUAUGGACUUUGCGUCGAGGGAAAUCCAUUCUUAUCUAUUGCCAGCAUAAGGAUACGGAGACUAGCAUGGAUUCCUGGCAUGGGAGCGUACAGGAUCCCACUCAGGUUUUAGCGUUUCUCAAAGGCUGGCCAGUCCGCAAUCAGCUGGAUGCUGUAAUUCGUCACGUACCGCCAGGUGCUUUCAUUGAUCAGAAACUAGUCAUUCGAAAGCCGCUCAAGACUUGGCUCUCUCCCGGAAGCAAAAUCAUGCUGAUAGGCGAUGCGGCCCAUGCGAUGAUUCCCAUUACUGGGCAAGGAGGGAGUCAAGCUAUUGAAGAUGCUGCAACGCUCGCAAUUGCUCUUGAGCUAGCUGGGAAGUCGAAGGUGUCUCAAGGGCUCGCUGUUGCGGAGAGAAUCAGGCAUCCACGAGCCUCGCUCGUUCAAACGGAGCUCUCGAGAGAUUUCGAUCCAGAAUUCCAGGGUCGACAAGACCUGGAGGCAACGCAACAGGUACAAGGCGAUCAGUCGCCUCCAGACCUUAGCUGGAUAUUUGACCAUGAUUGCCAGAAAUAUGCGUAUCAGGAGUUCACUCGCGUCAUGGAAGCCAUCGAAGGUGGGCUGCCGUAUAUCCCUCGCAAUAUUCCAGAGUAA